GACAAGUGCGCACAAAAAGCGGUAUACUAGCUGAGCCGCUGUCUCAAAAAUCUCCCCCCAUUCUAUUGAAAUUGAAUUGAAUCAAUUUCUGCCCGAAUCAUCCAUCUGCAGUCAUAGUAAUAGCUCAAUAUAAGAUUCUUGAAGCUCCAAAAGGAAGAAGUAGUAGCGGCUAGGUCUGGCUCAUUUCAAGUAAUAUGGGAAGAAGUCUAAGUCCAGUACUGCGCCGGGAGUUGGAGAAUCUUGACAAGGACGCUGAUAGCAGAAAAUCGGCUAUGAAAGCAUUGAAAUUGUAUGUGAAAGACUUGGAUUCCAAGGCCAUCCCCAUCUUUCUAGCUCAAGUUUCUGAAACCAAAGAAACUGGCAUGUCAUCAGGGGAGCACACAAUUUCUCUAUACGAGGUUCUUGCUCGAGUCCAUGGACCAAAAAUUGUGCCGCAGAUUGAUAACAUCAUGAACACCAUUGUCAAAACCCUGUCAUUGAGUGCAGGAGCUUUUGCUCUUCAUCAGGCUUGCUCAAAGGUGGUUCCAGCCAUAGCAAGGUAUGCAAUCGAGCCGACAACAGCAGAGGAAAGGAAGAGACAUGUCAUUCAUUCUCUUUGUAAGCCUCUUUCUGAUUGUCUCUUGGGUAGCUUGGAGAAUUUGUCUUCUGGAGCUGCACUUUGUCUUCAAUCACUUAUUGAAUCUGAUAAUUGGCGGUUUGCCUCAAAUGAAAUGAUAAAUGAGGUCUGUCAGAGAGUUGCUGGGGCAUUAGAGAAGCAUUCACAGACCAAUUCACAUAUGGCCUUAGUUACGGCUUUGGCUAAACAUAACAGCCUCGUUGUUGAAGCCUAUGGUAGGCUGUUGAUACAGUCUGGACUGCGAAUUCUUGAAGCCGGUUUUGUGGAAGAAAAUUCUCAGAAACGAAAGUCAGCCAUACAUAUGGUGAGCUCUCUAUUGAGAUAUUUGGAUCCGAAAAGUAUAGCAUCUGAACUGGAGUUGGUAAUCAAGGAAAUGGAGAAUUGCCAGUAUGACAGAAUGCCAUUUGUUAGUGGUGCUGCUUUUGAAGUACUACAAAAUGCAAAGAAAAUAUGCAAUGAGAGAUGCUCAAAAUCAGAGAGGGAAUAUGGUUCAGCUACCGGGUCAAACUUUGGCAGAAGAGAGAACAUGAGAAUGAGGAGAGUUUGUAGUUCUGAAGCCUUAACUGCAUCACCUGAAUCACAAACUGUUGAUUCAUUUGUUGGGUAUGAUUAUUUGAUGGAAUCACCAAACUCAAUAAAUCAUGGCCCUCAAGAUCAGGACUUUAGUUCUAAGGGUGUGAAUCGUAGACUUUGGAGAAGGUGUGAGAAUGGCUUCCUGGAUGUAUCUCUUAAAGAUGGCAUAUUUUCAGAUAUAGCUCGAGAAGAAUCUGAGUAUGAUGAGAUUUCUGGCAACCAUGGAGAGUAUUGUGAAAAUUUUGCAGCUUUUGUUCGAGAAAGUGCAAAAGAGGAAGUUAUUGAAAGCAAUGCCCCUAGUCCCCAGCAGUCGAAGGCUCACAUUAAGGUUGAUGAUGUGAAGAUUUUCAGUACCCCGAGAAGACUCAUUCGCUCGCUUCAGGAUCUUGACAAUUCUGAUGUAGGCUUAUCAGAGAAACAGCCCAGAAGGUUCAGAAGCCCAAUGAGACCAGUUUCAUUGCUUGGACAACUUGGUCUUCCUAACGGCAUGGACUGUGAGAACAAAGAUGAAUUAGCAUCCGGUGAUGAACAAUUUCAUGCAAAUGCAGAAUCAGUUUCCUCCACAGAAGAUGUGUCUAAUCUUGCUGAAAUGAUUCCAGUAGAUAAACCUCAUCACAACUCAGCUAGAAAAGUUAUUUUUGCUCUUUUUGUUGGUUUAUUUGCAGUACUUGUAUUCUUGUUGGUGAUAGGUGAUCAAGAUAAUCAUCAUGUUAUGGUCCCAACCUAGCACUCGAUUUAUGUAUGCCACACUGUGGCAUUGUUUGGCGUUUAGGAAUAUUUGACUAUUUAAAGUUGUUGGACAAAUAUUUGUUGUUAAAACAGGUUUCGUUUACAUUUGUUUA